AAAUCAAAGUCCCAAACAGCUCCCCAGACUUUUUCUUCCCUUCCUAUCUCUAAAAUUGUAAAACGAAAGAGACUUGCCAAGCUUCGCAAACCGUCACGGCUCGCUUUAUCAACUAACAAACUCUCUUUCUCUCUCUCGAAUCGGAUAAUCCCAUAGAGUUUUAUCUUCGAUCGGAAAGAGGGGAUCACUUGCUUCUGCUUCUGCUGCUAUCCUCGGCGGAGGAACCAACAAAGCCCUGGAGAGUCGCAGCUCCGUGUUACGGUUAAGCAGGUGUUUCUGCAGCCUUGUGUCUGUGGUGGUACUCUAUCUCCGCCGCCGCCGCAUCUCGUUAACCACUGAGAUGGACACCGACUCGCCUCUCUUUGGUUCAUUUUUUCCCACCUCAAUCGAUUCCCUCAUCGAGAGGCUUGCCUCUGUUGGUGUUCCUAAAGAAGGCUGCUCCAAACACGGCCUUGUGGAGUUCGUUAGAGCUAAUCCUUCCAAAACGUCACAGAUCGUCUCUGCUCUCUUACCUACCGAAGAGGACGUUAGAGCCGGGUUGAAGGAAGCGAAGGAGCGAGACAGGUCUCGGAAGUCCGCGGUGAGCCCCACCAUGAAAACGAGGUUCGGGGAGAUCGUGGAUUGGCUACAGUGGCUGAUGUUCCAGGGAGACCCUGGCGUUUCAUUGAGUGAUCUCGCUGAGUUGAACGUUGAUCAGCGGGGUGUUUGCGGCUCCGUCUGGGGGCGGAAUGAUAUAGCGUAUAAGUGCAGGACGUGCGAGAACGAUCCGACUUGUGCGAUCUGUGUGUCUUGUUUCGAGAAUGGGGAUCACAAGAUGCAUGAUUAUUCGGUUAUUUACACCGGGGGUGGUUGCUGUGAUUGCGGGGAUGAGACGGCGUGGAAACGGGAGGGUUUCUGUUCGAAGCAUAAAGGUGCUGAGCAGAUUCAGCCUUUACCUGAGAACGUAGCGAACUCGGUUGGGCCUGUGCUUGAUGCGGUUUUCGCUUGUUGGAGUGAUAAGCUCUCGUCUGCGGAGAGUAUUGCUGGGAAAGAUGCUAGAUCAGACGAUGCUCCUUUAGUGGUUCAAAAGAUGUCAAACGAGUUGACGUUUGCGGUUGUUGAGAUGCUUCUUGAAUUUAGUCAGUCGACUGAGAGUUUGCUGAGUUUCGUUUCUAGAAGGAUUAUCUCUUCGAGUGGUCUGUUGGAUUAUCUCGUGAAGGCUGAGAGGUUCUUGGACCUUGAUGUAACGAAAAGACUGCAUGACUUGUUCCUUAAAUUGAUAGCUGAUCCAGUGUUCAAGUCGGAAUUUGCAAAAGCGUUUGCGAGUUACUAUCCAGUUGUGAUAAGUGAAGCGGUUAGGCAGGGUAACGAUAGUGCAGUCAAGAAAUAUCCGCUACUGUCUACAUUUUCUGUGCAAAUCCUCACGGUGCCAACUCUAACACCAUUUCUGGUGAAGGAAAUGAAUUUUCUAGAUAUGCUUUUGGGAUGCCUCAGUGAUAUCUUUGUUUCUUGUUCUGGAGAGGAUGGUGUGCUUCAGGCUACAAAGUGGGAGCGGUUGUCUGAGAUAAGUGACCGUGUCACUGCAGACUUGAAAUUUGUUACGAGCCAUGCUGUAGUAUCGGAGUAUGCAACACAUGAACAUCGGGAGUUAUCGAGAUCAUGGUUGAUACUCUUGACUUUCGCUCAAGGAAUGAAUCCUAUAAAAAGAGAGACUGGAAUCCAUAUUGAAGACGAAAAUGAGUAUAUGCAUCUAUUCUUUAUUUUGGGUCAUUCAGUAGCUGUUAUUCACUCUCUGUUGGUUACUGGUGCAUAUGCUACUGCCAGUGAUGAAGAAAUAGAAAAUGAGAGAACCACCAAGGCAGGACUUGACAAGUGUGAUGGAGAUGGAGAAAGGUAUGCAAAAGUUGGGAGAUUGUCUCAUGAAGAUUCUGUAUGUACUGCUAUGGUAAGCAGCAGCUCCGUUGAUAGCGCGAUGGUCUCUGAAGUCAACAAAAUUGACCCUUUCCGUGCCCAGCUUCCUUCUUCUGCCAUAUGGUUGAUACGCGAGUGUUUGAAAGUUCUGGAGACAUGUUUAGAAGAUGAUGAAGGUAUAUCAAAAUUUCUUUGCAAGUUGUUUUCUCCUAGCGGCAGAAACAUCCCUGGCAGCACGAUGUCAUGGCCAAAGAGAGAUUUUGCAAAGGUUGGAAUUAGAAGAAGUGUAUCCAGUGCUCUUACCAGUUCUAGCAGAGAUCCGAGUACUGCCUUAUCACCUCUAUGCGGCGAUAUAGAAACAAAUCUUAGCUUGGAUAAUGUUGAUGGAUCGAAUGGGGAGGUUCGGACAGAUGUUAACGCUGACUCUAGGAGAGUAUCUUGCAACUCUUCCGAUCCGAAUGCGUCCGGAGUACAUAUACUUGGUCUGUGUGAUUGGCCGGACAUCCAUUACAAUGUGAGCUCUCAGCCUAUAUCAGUUCAUCUGCCAUUACACCGGUUACUAUCUUUGCUCUUACAAAAAGCAUUAGAGAGGUGUUAUGGAGAAUCGGCAUUGCAACUUGGAGUAAAUGUUAGUCAUGAGAUCCCACAUGCCGACUUCUUCAGCUACGUGAUAGGAGAUUUCCAUCCUUAUGGAUUUUCUGCACUUGUUAUGGAGCAUGUGCUCCGGGUUAGGGUAUUCUGUGCCCAAGUUAUUGCUGGAAUGUGGAAGAAGAAUGGGGAUUCCGUGUUAGUAUCUUGUGAGUGGUAUCGGUCAGUUCGCUGGUCAGAACAGGGACUUGAGCUUGAUCUAUUUCUUCUGCAGUUUUGUGGUGCGUUGGCUCCCGCAGAUUCUUAUGUUAAUAAGAUUCUCGACCGAUUUGGGCUCUCGAGCUAUCUUUCACUAAACCCCGAUAUGACAAAUGAGUAUGAAGCAGUUUUAGUCCAAGAAAUGCUUGCUCUUCUGAUACAGAUUCUGCAAGAAAGGCGAUUUUGUGGUCUUUCUACUGCUGAAAGUUUGAGAAGAGAGAUCAUCUUCAAGUUAGCCACCGGAGAUUUCACUCAUAGUCAAUUGGUCAGAUCUUUACCCCGUGACCUAUCCAAGUCGGAUGAGCUCCAGGAGGUCUUAGACGACGUCUCAGUCUAUUGUAAUCCAUCCGGCAUGAACCAGGGAAAGUAUUCACUACGGUCAUCUUGCUGGAAGGAAUUGGAUCUCUACCACCCUCGUUGGCAUUCAAGAGAAUUGCAAUCUGCAGAAGAAAGAUUUUCACGCUAUUGUGGAGUGUCUGCGGUGACCACUCAGCUUCCUAGGUGGAGAAUGAUCUAUCCGCCUCUGAAGGGACUUUCUAGAAUCGGCACUUGCAAAGCCACAUUUCAAAUCAUCUGCUCUGCUUUAUACUACGCACUACAGAGUGGUACAUCUGCUAAAUCACGCGCUCAAGAGGGCGUUCUCAUAAGUGCAUUACACUUACUCUCGUUAUCAUUGGAUAUUUGCACUCAGCAAAGGGAAUCUAAUACGCAGGCUUGUUACGUAGAAGAUUCAGUUCCGAUUCUGGAAUUAGCUGGUCUAGAAAUUAUUGGUAUAAAUCAAGGGACUGGAAAAGAAAGUUUGUUGUCUCUUCUUGUUUCAUUAAUGAGGACCCGUAAAGACGAUGGUCUCCAUCAAUUUCCAGAGGCAGGCAGUUGUAAUAUUUCGUCCUGGAUUGGAAACUUGCUGAAGAAGUUCAGUGCAAUUGAUUCUGUUUGUAUGAACCUAUUGCAAAGUCUUGCCCCGGAGGUGGUUGGUCACUCUGUCUUUGAUAAAUCCACACCAGGCUCUGCUUCGGAUGACAAACGCAAAGCUAAAGCUAGAGAGAGGCAGGCUGCUAUUCUGGCAAAAAUGAAAGCUGAACAAUCAAAAUUCUUGUCUACCUUGAGUUCCAGCAUGGAUGAUGAUGAUCCAAGAUCUGAAACUGAAACAAGUGAUUCCGUAAUGGAACAGGAUUCAGAAAUUGCUAUCCGUGAAGUUUGCUCUUUCUGCCAUGACCCAGAUUCCAAAGACCCUGUUUCUUUCUUGAUUUUUCUCCAGAAAUCUAAACUGUUGAGUUUUGUGGAUAGAGGCCCUCCAUCUUGGGAUCAAUGUCCACAAUCUGAAAAGAAUAUACCCAUGGGUGGAGCUACCGAUCUACAGAGAAUAAAUGUUUCCUCAGAUCGUUUAAGAAUGAUUCCUCAUGCGCUGCAAUUGUCAGAUGAUGCAACCUCCGAGUCUGCUUCAGAUUCUGUGCUUGAGGCUUUAACAGCCCGGCUUAUAGGGAAUGGUCAGAAGGAGAAGAGGUCUAGCGAUGGGAGGGGAAAGGAUGAAUCUAACUUGGAAUCAUUGGAGAUAGCUAUGUAUCAAACUGUUCGCAAAAAAAUUGAAAACAUGAUAAACCAAAGCCUUACACCUCGACUGCCUGAUUCUGAAAGUGGUUCGGAGAGAAGUUCCGUUGGUGGUCUAUCUACGUUGCAUCAAUUUCCAGAUAUUCAAUCAAAAAAAACCUCCAGAUAUCUGGAUGUCAGUUCAGAUGGGUUUCACCCUGCCGACUGUGAUGGGGUCUAUCUUUCAUCGUGCGGACAUGCUGUGCAUCAAAGCUGUCUUGAACGAUAUUUAAGCUCGUUAAAGGAAAGGUCUGAGAGAAGAAAUGUUUUUGAAGGUGCACAUAUUGUGGAUCUAUUACAGGGAGAAUUUCUCUGUCCUACAUGCCGCCGACUAGCUAAUUCUGUGUUGCCUGCAUGUCCUGGGGAUUUAUGUUCUGUGGCAAAGCUACAAGAAAGUUCGCAUGCUAAGUUAGGUAGAUCAGAUGAAGAGAUGCCUUCUCUCUGGCUCUCUGAAGCGUUGUGUCUACUACAAUCUGCUGCUGACGUGAUCGAAGAUGGUGAUAGUGUUAAAACAGUUUCUCUUCAGGGAGAUGAGCUAAGAAGGAAAGAUCUUCAAUCUGUCUCCAACAAGCUCUGGAAUUUCUAUUUUUCUAAGCGAGAGGAAAAACCUCCGGGAAGUUCUUGGCUACCACAAUCGAUCAUCAUGUGGGACACCCUUAAGUACUCUCUAAUUUCAAUGGAAAUUGUUACUCGUUGUGCGAAGAAUUCAAUGCUUCCUGUCUAUUGUAUCGACUCCUUGCACGAAGAGUUUAAAACCUCUAAGGGAAUUGCCCUGUCACUCUUAUUACGAGUGGUACAGAGCACCCGAACAAAGAAUGCUUUACAUGUUCGUCAGAGAUUUAUGGGUAUGAAGCAUCUUGCGGAGUCUAUAUGCUCUGGAAUCUCAAGCAGUUCUUCAAGCAGCAUAUUUGGAAGUGAAGGUACAACAGGUUCAUGGAAGAAUUUAAACUUGCUCUGGAGUCGAGCAUCUGAUCCAGUUCUUGCACAUGACCCAUUCUCAUCAAUGAUGUGGGCUCUCUUUUGUCUCCCAUCUCCUUUUAUCACAUGCGAGCAAUCUCUAUUAUCACUUGUGCAUAUUUUCUACAGUGUCUCUGUUAUUCAGACUGUAAUUACCUAUUGUGCAGGUCGCCUGUGUUACAAUAGUGAGUUGGAUUUCAAGGAAAAUCUGCUUAGCGACAUCUCUAUAGCUUUGAGAGAAUCAGGUGGUUGGGAGUAUUUCAGGUCCAACACUAUGGAUCUGUCAUGUGAUAUUAAAGAGACGAUCCGUAAAUAUAGUCUUCCUUUUCUGAGGAGAUGUGCGUUGCUGUGGAGGCUACUGAGAACUACGCCUGGGAAGUUUCAUGAAGAGGCAAAUAUGUUUGAUGUGCCAUCUGACUCCAACAAUGACUAUAUGGACUUCAUGUAUAGCCCUCAAUCUGAGCUGAAUCAUGUGCUGGAAUUGGAGAAAAUGUUCAAGAUUCCUCCCAUUGAUACCAUUAUCAGUGAUGAACUUCUUUGGUCUUCAUCGCAAACAUGGCUUCGACAUUUCCAGAUGGAAUACAGAGUUAACAGAGUUGAAGGACCCCUUUGCAUAACCCCUGCAAUUCCUUUCCAGCUUAUGAAAUUACCCAAUUUAUACCAGGACCUAUUGCAAAGGUAUAUAAAAAAGCCUUGCAGCAACUGCACGAAAGUUAUCGAAGAACCGGCAAUAUGUCUUCUCUGUGGAAGAUUGUGUUCUCCUAUGUGGAGACCUUGUUGCAGAGAAAGUGGUUGUCAGACUCACGCAGUCACAUGUGGUGCUGGUACUGGUGUAUACCUUCUGAUACGGCGGACCACAAUUUUGCUACAAAGAUUUGCAAGACAAUCACCUUGGCCAUCUCCUUAUUUGGAUACGUUUGGAGAAGAGGAUAUCGAUAUGCUCAGAGGAAAGCCACUAUACCUGAAUGAAGAACGUUAUGCUGCAUUAACUUACAUGGUUGGAUCUCAUGGACUAGAUCACAGCUCGAAAGUUCUCAACCAAACCACAAUCGGAGCCUUCUUAACAUAAAAGAAAAGGCCUUCGUUCUCUUUCUAUCCUUCUCUUCUCAGGGAUUGUUCUGUGUAGAUUAUAUAUGCUGCUUUUUAAAUCACCAUCAUUAAAGAUCCUAAAGAUUUGAGAGAUUUUCUGAUGAUUUCCUUUAUUUUUAUUUUUAUUAUAGAAUCUGUCACGUUGUUUGGUUGAUUUCUUUAUUUGUGGAGAUGACAUCAUCAUGUUUGUAAAUAAAAGUAUUUUCUUUGCGA